UCUAUAAUCCCCCUCCUCCAAAUCAAAAUCCCUAGAGAUUUUGGGUGUCUCUCUCACUGUUGUUAAUGUUACAAACUCUUCUGUGUGUGUGUCUCUCUGGGUGGGUGUCCAGGUGUGUUUAUGGUUAAAUUUAUUGUGAUGUCAUGUAUCCCAACAGCAAAGAAUGUUCUGCUUCAGCAUUCUUGCCCGGCCUUCAGUCUGCCAACUGGCUUGGUUGACAACGGCUGGUGACCCAAGGAGCUGCUGAUAGACGCGGACUAGCCAUCUCUCAACAACUUCUUGAAUCAGCUAUUUCCACAGGUGUUCGAACGAAGAUGAGUUUUUACAGAAGGCUUCAUUCCUUUUUCCAAAGACUCAUCUCUAGGGAGCACAGAGAGAUCCAUGUGCACAAAGUGCUUGUCCAACCUGUAGCAAUGGAGGCAUGCUCUGACUUUAGCCAGCAAGAACAGGCCUUGCCAGAGAAGCCCCAGAGAAGGAAAUGUUCAUGGUCCAUCCUGUCAGGCAUGAAGAGACUCUGUGUCUGUAACCAAUCUGACACCUCGAUGGCAGACAGGGAUGAGGAGAGAACAAUUUCCUCACAAAGAAGGUGGAGGCACUUGUCCCGGAAGAAGAUAGCAGCUGAGAACCAGGUGGAGUCAGAGGAGGUGAAGCUGCAGGAGGAUACAGGGAAAGUUGAACUGGAUCCUACAGACCCCCGGGGAGCAGCUUCCCUCAGCCCAGCUCCAAGCCCUGCUGAUGAGAGCCGUGAAGGGUCUGACGACACCCACCCUGGAGCGAUUUCAAGCCGCCGAGGAAGAGCUGAGGACCAUCGUGUCUCUACGGAGACAAGAUGGAGAGAGUACGAGACUCCCGGCAGCCAGAAAAGCAGCACUGAGGGCCACGGCCUUGCUGGCUCGUUCCCACCCCAGGACGUGGUUCUGAGCUGUGUGGCACACACGCUGUCCUCGGACAGAUGUGCCAUUGAGCUGUGGAAGGCCCUGGGGGAAGAACCACAGCUCCCCAGGGAGGUGCUGCAGCAGCUGCUGGACAAGCUCCAGCAGAGACACCGGGAGGAGAAGAGCGGCAAUGUGUCUCUGGCUGCAAUGAGGACCAUUUACGAGGUCCUUUUCCUAUGGGGAUACCGAGAAGCCAUCCUGGAAAUGUAUCCCCAGAUGCUCAUCCUCUGCGUCAGGCAAGUGCAGUAUGUGAUGGAUCUGCACUUGCCAGGGACCUACAUGGCCAGCACGACAUCCAGCCCCGAGGAGGAUCAGCUGCCUCAACCCCUAAGGUAA